AUGGGCUGCCUAUAUAAAGCCAUUGGAUCCUUCACUUUCUUUCACUCAUCAAAUUCAAUUACUCAAAAUAAUUAUCAUAACCUUGUCGAUAACUUUGAUCAAGGACUGGACGAAUUGCGCAAACUAGCGGAAGCUUAUUAUCUGGCAGGGCCCGAUUCUGUUAGGAAUUCAGCCGAAGAGUUUUUCUCGGAAAUGGAUGAUGAUGGCGAUGGCUACAUUAGCAGGAACGAGUUCCAGGAAUUCAUGAGGCAAAUUGGUGAUACAAAAAUGACAUCAAGCCCGGUGUUUUGGCAGCUAAGCAGCAGGGGAGACGAAAAGCUGGAUUUCAUGGACAUUAUGACUCUCUACUAUGUCAUGAAAAGUGGAAGGCCUUUCUGUGAUGGUACUCAUUGCGGUGGUGAUUUGAUGCGUGGCGCUUACUUCGCUUGCAGGCAGUGUUUCUAUAGCUCCAAGAGUUUUUGUCUUUGCCCUGAGUGUUUCAUGAAUAAGAAACAUACUCAUGAUCCAAGUCACCAAUUCCUGGAUAACUUCACUUUGCUUGAAGUCAAGAGACAGGAAGCUGUAUUACGUGAGGCAGAAGCUUCAAAUCAGCAGGCUUCAUCUGUGAAUAUUGGUAUAUAUGAACGUCAGGAAAAUGACAAUGAACAAAUUGCAGGCUCAAGCUCUUCUGCUUCAAAUCCAGCCCUGCCUCCUUCCUCGCUUGCACUGGUUCCGAUUGCAAGGAGGAACAAGUGGAAGGUGGCCUUUAGAGCAUUUAAUUCAGCUGUGAAUUAUGGUUUUCUGGCUUCCGAGGUGUGUAAUAUUCUGUGAGAUCAUAUGCAAACAUACACUACUAUUCCCCUUUUGGAAACUCAUACCUGGCUGCACUACUACGCGAUUGUUUCAGGAUGCUGAAUUAUGAUCCCCUGUGUUCC